AUGAGCGAAGAAGCCGGGACGCACUUCGCCGGUCGAAUGGGUUAUCUGGAACCGUUCGACGAGUCUUCCAGCGACUGGGCUUCUUACGACGAAAGGUUAACGUCGUUCCUGAUCGUCAACGGAGUUCCAGAGAGCGACAAAGUUCACGCCUUCCUCAGCAUCAUCAGUCCGAAGACCUACGCGCUACUGAAGUCCCUGACUGCUCCGGAGCUGCCUUCAACGAAGAGCUUCGAGUACCUCAAGAAGGCCCUCGGCGACCACCUGUCACCCAAGCCGUCCAUCAUCGACAGCAAGCUAACGUUCCAGAAAGCGGUGGAACGCGCCCAAGCCAUGGAAGCUGCGAAGCAAAGCGCGGCUGAGGCUCGCGUCGGCAACUCAAGCGUCACUGACGUGCACAAGGUGCAAGCAGGGAAUGAGAAGCAGAGGGACAGCUGCUAUCACUGCGGGUCGUCACGGCACCGCAGUCAAGAGUGCCCUCAUCGGCAGAGCGUAUGCCACAAGUGCGGCAAGAAAGGUCACAUCCAAAGGGUUUGCCGAAGCGGGACUGACGUAGGGGGCAAGAAACGUCCGCCAGGAGAAAGGCAGAUGUUUCUGCAGAGCUACCGCAACACGGCUCACGCCACAACGAACGAGUCACCCGCCAAUUUGUUUUUGGGACGACGUUUGCGCAGUCGCCUAGACGUUGUAAAGCCUUCUGUGGGGGAAAGGGUAGCCCGCAAACAGUUCAUGCAGACUGCAAGCCGGCGUGGGCACGAUCGUGACUUUGCCGUUGGUGAUCAUGUGCUCAUCCGUAACUACUGUGGCAAACCCAAGUGGGUGCCUGGAGUGAUUCUUGCGCAGCAUGGCCCUGUUUCCUACCAAGCACGCGCCACCACCCCCAGAGGCAGCUUCACCUGGCGUCGGCACAAGGACCAGCUGCUAAGAACUCCAAGCCUUGCCGACGAGGACGCUGACCAGGAAGGCACAGAGUUCCUGUUGGUUCAACCGAGCGACAACGCACCCCAACCAUCGUCCUCGUCACCUACUGGCGGAACUGUCCCAGCCGAAGCAGCACAAGCGCCUGCUGCCCGACGGUAUCCGGCAAGAACCCGGAAACCUCACGAAAGAUUUCAAGCCGGAUCUUAA